UCCGGGUCCGUCACUUCCGCUACCGCCGGUUCCGGCCCGGUCACUUCCGGCCCGGCGGCCCCGCGUGCGCGGCGCGGGAAAUGCGGCCCCUCACGGAGGUGGAGACGCGGGCGGUGUUCGAGAAACUCGGGAAAUACAUCGGCGAGAACAUCCAGCUGCUGGUGGACCGGCCCGAUGGCACCUACUGCUUCCGCCUGCACCGGGACCGCGUGUACUACCUGAGUGAGAAGCUGCUGAAGCUGGCGGCCAGCGUCCCCCGGGAGAGCCUGGUGGCCUCGGGCACCUGCUUUGGGAAGUUCACCAAGUCCCAGAAGUUCCGGCUCAGCAUCACGGCCCUGGAUUUCCUCGCGCCCUAUGCCAAGUACAAGGUGUGGGUGAAGCCAGGCUCGGAGCAAUCCUUCCUCUACGGUAACCACGUGCUGAAGUCGGGGCUGGGCCGCAUCACGGAGAACACGGCGCAGUACCAGGGUGUCGUGGUGUAUUCCAUGGCCGACGUCCCGCUGGGCUUUGGGGUGGCUGCCAAGUCCACACAGGAGUGCAGGAAGGUGGACCCCUUGGCCAUCGUGGUGUUCCACCAAGCCGACGUCGGGGAGUAUGUGCGGAACGAGGACACGCUGACGUGAGGGACCCUCGGGGCCCUCAGGGGACCCUCAUGCUCUGUGAGUGUUCCGGGCUAGAACGGACUUUGUCCUGCGCCGUGGGUGCGGGAAGCCCACUGGACUGGGAUGGAGAGGUGGGAGCUGGCAGCACAGAGCCCUCAGGGGGCUGCUGCCAGCACAGGAGGAGGGGCCCUGGCCACAGCCCUGUCAUAUAAAGCCUGUUCCUUUUUUCACUG